AUGCUGACCUCGUCUUCGCCCACCCUCUCCGCGCCGCCCUCGCCCUCGACGACGUUCCACCCCCACAGCGCCCAAAGUGCCCACAGCGCCCACUCUCGCCCGUCGUACCAUGCCUCGCGCCGCACCUCUGCCUCAUCGACCUCUCGCUCGCCGCUGUUCCACGCCGUGAGCUCGCAGACUGCGCGGCGCUUCGACACGCCGCAGACCCCCAAGGCCGUGCCGCGCUUCAACGCCGCCCCCUCGCCGCAAGGCACUAAGCGGGCCUACGCCGACGCCGCCACUCAGUACUCGCCCGCGGGCUACCCACCCACCUACCAGCCGCCCGCCUACGAGCCCGCCGCGUCUGCCCUCAGCGCGCCCGCCAUCGUGGAUGCACCGCGGGCAGAGGUCGCCGCCUCUGAUGCGACUGCGACUGCGACUGCGACUGCGACUGCGAUCGUGACUGCGCCUGUGGUUGCGACUGCCACCACGGAGCCGCCAGCGCCCCCCGACCCUGCGCUGGGCGUCGACCCUGCGCCAACGACCGCGCAGCAUGUCCAGCCCCAAGCCCGGAAGACGCCGAGGGACGCUCCGCGGGACGAGCAUCAGCAGCGCAUAGUGCCCACUGAUGCAAGCGCCGCAUCGAGAGAAGAGGUGCCGCCGUCGCCCGCCAAACGGCUGCGGCCGCCAGAAGCCAGCGUCAAGGUCAUGCCGCUCAAGUACGAGACGUGCGACGUCAAGGACCUGGGCGUGCUCAUCUCAGACAUGCUCAUGGAGCUGGUGCGCCUGAACGACGGCUAUCCUCUCCGCGACGGGCAGCUGACGCGGUUCCACUCAAGAGCACCGCCUGGUAUAUCGGUCCGCGACUACCUGCUCCGUCUCAUCGUGCAUGCAACGCUCUCCCCGCCGAUCCUACUCGCCAUGGUCUUCUACGUCGACAAGCUCUGCGCUACGUACCCGGCGUUCACGAUCAGCAGUCUGACAGUGCAUCGAUUCCUCAUAACGGCAGCAACUGUGGCAGCAAAAGGGCUAUCGGACAGCUUCUGGACAAACACACUCUACGCAAGAGUGGGGGGCGUCAGCGUCAGGGAGUUGGCACUCCUGGAGCUGGAGUUUUUGAGGAAGCUCGACUGGCGCAUUGUGCCCAAACCUGAAGUCCUGGUGGACUACUACAAAGGCCUCGUAGAACGAGGCGAUGGAUAUACCAUGGAGAAGGAGCCGGAGUCGGCUCCGAAUCCCAGCCUUGAACGGUUGACAAGCCCUACAGGGUCGGCAACAGGCAUCCACACCAGCCAAUGA